GCAACAACCGUCGGGUAGCUCCAGCCAGUACGCGGCAUUUCGAAUAUCGAACGACGUGUCAGUGUGUGCGUUAAAAACAAAAUAAAUUUCGAACGUUUUCGAAGAGAAUUCGAAAUUCGAAUUUAAUAAAUAAACCAUUGUGGUGUUGUUAACUUUUCUAUUAUUUUUUUUGUUUAUGUGUGUUUACAUUGUGUUUAUGUUAACGUUGAAAUUUUAAUGUUGACGACGGAUUACAUUCUGUGUUUAUCGUGAGGUUUGGACGAGGAAAGAUAAUCGUCGCCACAGAUCAUCAUUUCAAACAGCCCACCCAUAAAUCAUUCAUCUCAAAAGCGGCCGAAAAUAAUAUGGCGCUUAGCCCUAACGGUCUCCUUCUUAUAAUAGAACCGACUCGAUCUGGGGAAGCCGAAGAAAUGUGAAUAUCCACAAAUAGCACCGGAUAUCCUUAUGCCAGUGAAAGUGUAGGCAUCAUGUCGAACUACAGACCGAGGACAACUAGUAGGGAUGUGAAACCGUUGUUUCUGUUGUUGCGGACCAAGUAUGUGAGUUAUUACGUGUUCGGUGCGAUAUUUAUCAGUUCGUUCAGUGUUUGUUACGGCUUCGCGGAGCAGAAGUUCGCCAUGGAGCCACAGGAUCAGACUGCCGUUAUUGGCUCGAGAGUGACACUGCCAUGCAGAGUUGAAAAUAAGGUGGGUCAACUCCAGUGGACAAAGGAUGAUUUCGGGCUUGGACUCCACAGAGAGUUGAGCGGCUAUGACCGGUAUAAGAUGAUCGGAAGCGACGAGGAAGGUGACUACUCUUUGGACAUCAGAGACGUAAAUUUAGACGACGACGCCAAAUACCAGUGCCAAGUCAGCUCAGGAGUUAAAGGUGAACCAGCAAUUAGGUCACGAUACGCCCGCCUCACCGUGCUAGUUCCGCCGGAACCACCGAAAAUACUGCAAGGGAAUUUCUACUCAACCACUGAAGACAGAAAUAUCAAAUUGGAAUGCGUGUCGGUCGGCGGAAAGCCGCCCGCUGAGAUAACGUGGGUGGAUAGCAACGCCGGAGUUUUGACUCAAGGUGUCACUUACACCGUGGAGCCCCUGUCUGACGGACAAAGGUUUACUGCGAGGUCAAUUAUAAAUAUGACGCCCAAGAAGGAACAUCACAACCAAACUUUCAUUUGUCAAGCUCAGAACACAGCGGACCGGGCGUACAGGGCGGCCAGUAUACAAAUUGAGGUGAAAUACGCUCCUAAAGUGAAGAUUUACAUAAAAUCAAGAGUCAAUGGGAGAAUUCCCGAAGGGGAUGAUGUAACAAUAGGCUGCAAAGCAGACGCCAAUCCAACGAAUCUAACUUACAAAUGGUAUAUAAAUGAGGAAUCUAUAAAUGGAAACACUACUGAAUUGAAAAUCUACAACAUAUCAAGAAAGUACCACGACGCAAUAGUGAAAUGCGUUGUUUACAACGACGUCGGAAAGACUGAGGAAGAGGAGACCUUGGAGAUUACUUAUGCGCCAUCCUUUCGCCAUCUUCCCAAGGACGUCGAAGCCGAAGUUGGCACUAGCGUAACCUUGAGUUGCGAUGUGGAUAGCUACCCGAAUCCAGAGAUACGAUGGCUCCAUCAUGAAGAAGACCAGACUAUUCGCGUGGGACGCACCCCUAAUUUAACUCUCACAGUGGAUACCCACACAUCAGGGAGGUAUCUUUGUAAAGCCAGCGUGGAUGGAUUCCCUGAAAUAGAAGCAGAGGCGUCGGUAUUCAUUAAAGGUCCUCCGAAGAUAAUAUCGAAUCAGACACAAUUCGGUACCCAGGGGGAUACAGUGAAUAUUGAGUGUGCAGCCUUCGCCGUGCCGAGGAUAGACAGUAUUAUCUGGACUUUUAACGGAAGAGAAAUAGAUUCGUUGCACGAUCAGGACUACGCAUUCCUCGAAGAUCUACAAUCAGGAGGCAUAGUUAACUCUACGCUAAUAAUUCGAGAGAGCCAAUACAAGCACUUCGGCGUGUACAAAUGUAAUGUGUCUAAUGACUAUGGCAAUGACUAUUUGGAGAUUACCGUGACUGCUAAAGAGGCCCUUCCGCUGCUGGUGAUAAUUUUCAGCGUAACCACUUGCACGAUUGCCGUGGUUUGCCUAACUAUGCUGAUAAUAAUUUGCCAAAGAAAACAGAAAAGGGGAAAGCAGAGUCAAGUGGCCGAGAAGCCAGAUGUGACUGUCACGGCCCAAGAACUUUUCAAGGAUAACGACAGGAACUCAAACAUUAGCGACCUGAAGCUUGAACUAAGACAGGCUAACGGUAGCUGUGAAAUUGAUUAUUCCAACACCGGCUCAGAUAGUACCUUGUGUUCUAAUGCCAAAUUAGGCAGCGGCAUUCCAUUGGCCGGUUCUGUUCCUUUAGCAUCUAUGAACCAGAAUAACUAUCAGCCGUACAGAUAUAGUAACGAUUACACAGAUCCUGCUUACGCUGAUUGUUACAAGGUCAAUGGCUUUAACAACGGCUAUCAGACGUAUGUUCAUUAUGGACAUGAUUACACGCCUGGUUCGUUGAGGGUGCAGUCGCCGACUUUGGCCAGCGAUAAACUCACCCCUAACAGGUCUAUAAACGGAAGUUUACCUAGAAGUGUCGAUACGCCAUCGACGGUUCAAUACAACGUAGGGAAUGGAUCCCAAAAUAACUCGUUGCAGCGGUCAACAAAACGGCAAGACAGCAGCAGCGCAUUGAAUAACCUGGGCCUUCCUACAGCAGAGGUAAGCCGCGUGCCUAAUGGUGGGAUACAUGGUGUUGAUAUAAGAUACGCAGCAACAUAUGGGAAUCCACACUUACGUUCUGGAGGUGGAUUGGGUUUCAAUACUGUUAACACUGCCAAACCGGCGUCCACUCCAGCGCCACCACCUUAUUCGUCUGUCAGAAAUUCUGUAAUAUUACCUUCAGGUAACUCCUCUCACUCUAUAACAUCGCCAACAAGUGUAGCCUCACCACAAUGCGCUACUAGUCCUAUAACAACGUCAACUAUAUCCACUGACAGCACCCAGCCGCUGACCGGCGUGGCAACUUCGUCCGCGACCCCACAGUCUCCUAGCGCACAUUACAUACUCGCACCAUCGAACAGGAGUAUAACAACGGCCGCUGUUACUAAGAAAGGUAAUGGCUUGCAAUCACCCUUGGCAACGCACGUAUAAGACUAUCAAAAAAAUACAUUAACAAAGACUCUACGAAUAGCUUGAUUGUAAAAUUGUAUAAAUGUAAAAUUAAAUAUGUCAAUUCUAAUUCAAUUGAAUUGUUUGUAAAUUUAUUAACGUCGAUUAAUAAAUAACUAAGUUUAUUAUUGGACAGAAGUCGUUCGAAAAUAAUCAAACGGCUUUCGAACGUUUGUAUCUUGGGCGUGUUCUUGGGAAGUGUCUAUUUGAAUAUUCAACUUCGGGCUCUCUAGUUUCACUUAACAAUAUUUUCCGAGUUCGUUGUACUCAAUAAUUGUGAUGUGAUGAACGCCGAUGGUAAGCGUCGUUGCAUUGAUUCUGCUCGUUGAGAUUUCUGUUGAGUUCGUUCUCUAUCAUAUCCAGUUUCAUGUUUUUGUGAUGUUUGGUUACAAUUCUCACAAGCAAAACAUGCAGAAAUCAGAUUUUAAAAGUAAACAUUGAUAAAAUGUACCCGAAAAAAGACGCACAGAAUCAAACCCGAAUCACGUGAUCAGGAUCGCUAACCAUUCGACCUAAAGUCAAUAUAAAUUAAGUUGAUUUUCCUUCACUCGGAGUGUACAAUAAUUAAUUAAUAAUUACCAAGGCCUUUUAUUUGUUGUUACAUUGAUCUGAAUUUAAAAACGGAAAUCAAGAAUUGUAAAUAUGAACUUCAUUCAGAACAAGUUU